GCUGGAUGUAUGCGUACAUCCACACGAUGUUAUCUCUUUCUAGCGUGCCGAAGAGAACACACGGAGUGAAUCGCAUUGUGUGUUCGAUUCGAUGUGCGAGCAAUAGAAAAUAAACAUAAAUACAAAACAGACGCACACACAAACACACACACACACACACAUGUACACUCAUAUGGAAUUGUGUGCCGUUUUUUGACAGUGACCCGUUGCUUUUAUCAUCUUCCUGUGUGCUCUUCGUUUGUCAAUGCGCUGCUUUGUGUUUGAACAUAGCGUUUGCCAAUGAACGCAAAGACUUGAGGUAGAAAUUGACGAGAGACAGACAGACACACAGAAAGAGAGAAAGUGAGAAAGUGAGAAAGUGAGAGAGAGAGAGAGAGAGAGAGAGAGAGAGAGAGAAGCGAAAAGAAGUGUGCAAAUCGUUCGAAACAAUGAGUGAUCCGGAUGACUUGACUGGUAUUGCAUCGAAUACGCCACGCCAUUCGCUCGGCUCAAUCGGUAUUCUAUCGUACAGCAGCGGAUCGUCGAUAUCACCGUCGAGCAGCAGCUCAAAUUCAGCGAAAUCAGCCGUUAAUGAAUGUUUGGGCGCCUGGCUAAAUUAUUUACAGAUUUUAAACAAUUUGUGUGCGUCUGGCUACCGAUUGGCCCAAGCGAUUGCCACACUUGAACAAUGGGGAACAACGCAGCAGCAGCAGCAACAGCAGCCGCCAACACAAUCCCAAACGCAAACGGCACCACCACAAAAUCCACCGUCAAGCGGUGGUGGAGGUGGUGGCACAUUGGUUGCCACGCAAUUUAUCAAUGCAUCAAUUAUCAAUGCAUGGGAUGAUUUGGCUAGGGCCACAGCCGUUGCGACCAGCACCGUCAAAUCACACAUUGUUAGUGUGCUACAAGAUUUUGUAACACAAUCACUAACAUCAUUCGAAACCGAUUCCGAUAUACGCGAUCACAAUCAACAGAUUAUUAUGGAAACCACACAAACCAUGAUCAAUAUUCAGCAUCAAUUUUGUGUCGCCAGCUAUGACUCUUUUUCAACGCUAAUGUGCUGUUUCAUGUGUCACGCUCCCGUCGGUUUUCCUCAUGAUGCUGAAUGUGGAUUCCAAAAAAGAUCAGGGUCAAGCGAUUUGCGUUCACAAACACCAUCACCACAUUUUGGACCAUUGACCAUGAAUGUACCAAAGAAUGAUCGUGAUAUUCAUCGGACGAAUACAACGCACACGGACGGCGUCAAUCAAUCAAUUACCAAUCGAAAUAUGAUGAACAUGGAACUUACGUCAGCUCGUGUACCAUCACCACAUCAGGAUGUACGUGGGCCGAGCCCAGUUCACAAUUUCCUCGAGAAUAUUCGAGGACCGCUACCGCCACCCGGUCACUUAUUGGGAAUGAAAGCGCCAUUUCAUCGCUGCUCCCGAAGCCCGUUGAACUUUCCACUAUUUCCAUUGAACUCGCAACGACGAUGGUCAGAGGCGGCUGCUGGCGAAGUGAAAGGUGAACCAAGUAUGAUGGAUGCUGAAAAUAUGCGACGCUGGUCAAUGCCAUGGGAAUCAAAAUCAGACAAGAACACUGUCACUUGGCACCAGACACGAAUCAUAUCACGGAUGGCCAUGCCGCCGAACACAGGUCAUGCAAUGUACUCGAAAACUAGCAGCGAUCGCAGUCAAACGACCACACCAGAUUCAAUGUAUCAAUCGUCGACAACCAGUCAGGAUGGGCUAGCUGAAGCGAUACAAUUGCUUUCCUGUCGACCAUCACGUGCAUAUCAAGUUUAUCAACCAACACUUGGACAAUCAUUCGCUGAAGAGCAGCCAACGCAUUCGAAUAUGGGAACAUAUGAAAUGUGGUCGAAUCGUGACGAGGAUCGGCUGCCGUGCAUCAAAUUUCCACGAAAUCUAAAUAGGCCUGGGCUAGGGCUGGGCGACGAACAAACGCAUCCACCGCCAUAAAAUGUGACAUCCACAAUUUAAAGUCUUGACCAAAAGCAUUUCGAGUUUUGAUGCAAUUGUUUUGCAUUCCGACACAUUUGUGAAUUGUGUAUGUUUCGCCUUGUUUUUCACGUCAUCGAACAAAAAUCGCUUUACUUCGCGAUUUUCCGAAUAUUUAACACUGCAAAAGAAAUGAAUUGAUGACACGUUGCUAUUAUCAAUUUUCGUUGGUUGUUGUGACAAUAAGUUAAUAUUGACAACAAAAAAUCGCAAGUAGAAACGCUCCAAAAUAUCGGUAGUUUUAGUGAAUGGGGUGGCACAUAUCAUCCCGUAAUAUUUUUUUUCUUCAUUACAUGGCAUGAAAAUCGUUUCUUCUUACCAUUGUGCUAGCCUUGGUGUUUUCAUUUCGAUCAGAAAUUUUUAUUUAAAAUUCCAUUUUAGUUUCGAUUGCGGGAAUGCAUUUCUAGGCAUUUUAUGUAUGUGGGGCUUUCUGAAGCCAUAUGACUAUUGGUUUUCGUUUGUGUAUAAGAUUUUGAACAUUUGUUAUUGUAGUGACAAAAAAUCAAUGUUUUUUAUGUGAUAAUUUCGGUCGAAAACUAUCAUUUUUUUUGAGAUUCUAACCAAAAAGUAAACGACACGAGGCAGUAGUUACUUGUUAGUUUUUUUUUUUUUUUUCAAAGAAAAAUCCAAAAAUUCAACCAAAAUAAUGUAUUCACUUUCUUUUUUUGUCGAUAAUAGUAUUUUUUCCGUUAUUUUGUCGGAUCGAAGAAACUUUAAAUAUACCAAAACAAAACCAAAAUAAUUUGAAAACUCCCAACAACUACGCGGCAUUACAAUUAAGAUAAUAUAAUCAUUUCAUCGCUACUAACUUGAGAUUAGAACAUAAGUUAAAUGAAAAAUGUUAUUGUGAUAUUUAAAGAAAAAGAAAACAAGUGUAAUAAAACGUAGACAACUUUCUUGAUACGAAUAUUUAACAAAACUUUAUAUACUAGAACAAACAAAUAACUAAUCACUCCUAUUGUCUAGAUUCAACAACAACAAAAACAGAACAACUGUAAAGAAAUUAAUGUUUUUUCGUGCUUUUUGAUACGCAAAUUUUUUUCUAGUGGAAGUUCAAAUAAAUUUAUCGAAUCAAAUAUCAA